GAAGGGAAUUUACUGCAGACUGUUGUGUUCGUGGCAGAAAUAGAUAAUGAUACGUAACGAGAGAAUAGGUGGAAUUAACUGAAAGCCCUUUAAGAUGAGACGGCAGUAUUCUCAAGGUUCAGACGUAUCUGAAGAAGAAACAACAGGCAGGGUUCAAGUUUAUGUCAGGAUUCGUCCUUUGGUUGAAAGUGACGUCAGAAGCUUAGAUGGAAAGGGAGCAGUUACCGCGGAGUAUGAGGACCUGACUCAGAUUCAUGUGGUGGAUGGUAAGAGAGAGAGAAUUUUUCAAUUUGACCAAGUAUUGCCACCAGAUGCUGGAAAUGAUGAGGUGUACCAGGUUGUCGGUAAGCCUCUGGUGGAAGCCUCCAUGACCGGCCUAAAUGGAAUUUUGAUGGCGUACGGACAAACUGGAGCAGGUAAAACUCACACUCUGAUGGCUUCAGACGGAUUAACUACCAAUGUUGUAUCUCAUAUGUUCGCUCUGAUUGGUAAAGACGUUGCACAUUCCUACGCGGUGACAUGUUCCUAUUUGCAAAUAUAUCAAGAACGAAUUUAUGAUUUGCUAGGCUCCGAAAAAUCUGGAACUGAAGUUUACUUGAGAGAACAUCCCAAAAAAGGAGUUUACGUAGAUAACUUAUCUGAAUACUUUGUCAAAAGUCCAGAGGAGAUUUGUAAACUGUUGAAAUCUGGCAAAAAGAAACUGGCCAUUGCCGAGACCAAAAUGAACAGACAGUCCAGCAGAUCUCAUGCAGUUUGUCUACUCAAAAUUGAGAGGCUCAGUGUUCCACGUCGUUAUGGAGGGAUAACAGACUCCUUCAGCAGUUAUGAGUCGUAUUACAUAUCGGGAACUUCAGACACUGAGUAUUCAAGUGAAGGCGGCUCAGUUGAGGGCUUUGGGUCUUCUGAUCACUUCGAUGAGGACGAAGAAAUGCUGUCCAGAAUUUCAUCUCAAACGAAUGGUUUGGCCGCCGUCAGAGGAAAACUUUACGUCUGUGAUCUAGCAGGCAGUGAGAGGGUGAAGAAGACUAAGGCUGAAGGUGAACGACUCCAAGAAGCACAGAGUAUCAAUUCCUCUCUGCUGGAGCUGGGGAAUGUGAUUCAAGCAUUAGCUGAAGGUACCAAGCGUCAUAUUCCAUACAGGAACUCAACACUGACAAGGCUGCUUCAGGAUGGCUUAGAUGGAAACUCCAAAACCAGUUUAAUUGUGUGUGUUUCACCUUCCUUUCGUGAUGUCAACGAGACACUGUGUAGUCUAAAGUUUGGCCUUCGAGCAAUGAAAGUUCAAAACGUUGCGCAAGUCAAUGUCGAGAUUGAUUACGAAAAAAUGGCCAAGCAACUCAGCGAGACAUUAGAAAGCAGAGAGCGGGAGUGGCGACACCUGAAGGCCGAAUAUGAAAGUUACAUCAUGGCGCUAGAGGCCGAGAGGGAUACGCGACAAAGACGAGGCUCUAAGCAACAGUUGACCUCGGAAUGCCAUGAUCUUACCGAGAAGGCUCUUUUGCCAACAAUCGUGGAGGAGGAAGCUCUAAAAAACCAGACGAAAGCAGUAUUGCUUGCAGAAUUGGUUUCUCUGGAGUUAUUCUAUGGUUUGGAAGAUUUGGUUCGAGAUGGUUCAACAGGGAAGGCUCAGGGCGUCGCAAGCAGCAAACUGCACAGUCUUACAGACAAAGAUUUACUGCUACACAGUGCUGAAACACUAUUAGAGCUUACCGAAUACUUCUUCUCAAAGAGCGCCCUUGCUAUCGACGAAAAUGGCAAGAACUCAAAAGGUGCUACAUCUGAAACUGAGAAAACGGUUUUGCCAAGCUUAUCUUUGGAGUUAGACUACGGAUCGCGACACAGCACACCGAACGGCGAUUCCUCGUAUGAGCGAAAAUUGUUUCGUGUUAGAGAGUCGCUGAGUAAGUUGAAACGGAAAACUGACUCUGCUGCCCUAGGAUUCCUUUCGCAUCUAUUGGAUACCAAACUGGACGAAAAAGAGAAAGGUUUACAGGAAUACAAAAGGCGACUGUUUGAACUUCUGAAACACCUUCUAAAAUCUCAAGAUUCUGCCACAGACGGCGAUGGAACUCCCGUCGAUCCAUUGAAGCUCGAACAAUCCUUGUGUCAUGUGCUUAUGGACAAAGCCAUUCUGAACUGUCUCUUGCUGUUGGACAAAGCUGAUAUGGAGUCCCGCAUUAGAAUUUUAUCACAGCAACAAACGCAGUUUGAUUUUUCAGGAAUCAGCGGUAUGACAGCCGAAUGUUCAAGUCAGUCUAGCGAUGACUUUGUUCCCUCUCCACCCCUGUCAGGAACACAACGCGGAGAAGGACGACUGACAUCUGUCGACGAAGGAGUGGUACUUGAAAGUUUGAGUGACAGCGCUAACAGCCGCGAGAAAUUAUCGGUGCAUUUGGAAAACACAAUGGAGGAACUCGAAGCCGAAAAUGGGCGUUUGUACGAAAAAAACGAAGAACUACGAAAAAGGUAUGAACAGGCUGAAGGCGAAAAGAGUAAAUUGACUUUGAAGAUUUUGGAAUACGAGGAAAAGCUUCAAAGAAGUGAAAAGAAACUAAAACAUUUGACGCCAUCGGAAGCCAAUGCUGAAAAGGACUUAAGGAAUAAGAUUGAAGAGAAAGAUUUUGAAACAAACGAAUUAUUGAUUCGCGUUGAUGAGCUAGAGGAUCAACUUCAGUUUAGAGAACAAAGGAUAGAAUUUCUACGAGGGAAAGAGUCGAAGCUUCGGGGACAGCUUUCUGAGGAGAGAAAACGCUCUGACAAUGCAGAGGAACGAAGUGCAAAACUGCAACUCAAAAUACGACAACUUGAGGAUAAAUGUGAACAGUGCGAGCUCAAACUAGCUUCGUUCACGGGAUCAGAUCUACUUGAGAUUAACAGAAUAACAAAGCAAUUAGAAAACUCGAUUGCAGAGAACAAAACGCUCAGUCUGAGAGUUUUCCAACUGGAAGACAGAUUAAAUGAAUCCGGUGGCGUCUUAAGUCCACGAAGUAGUGACGAGAAUGAGAAUGACGAUGAUCAGAGGAAAAUCCUUGAGAAGAAAAUAAUUGAAUUGGAGGUUAAAGUGAAAGAACAGCAGGUUAAAAUUCUGAGUGUGAAGGAAUAUGAGCGAAGGCUUCGUGCUGAACUAUGUAAGGAAAUGACGAAGAAGCUUACAAAGGCUCAAACGCGUAGUCGUGAACUUGGCGAAAAAAUCUUUGAACUAGAGACAAAGCUUAGACAAGCAGAACAGCAGUACUCGACUGUUAAAGACAUGGAUAUGAAUGUUCGAAGUGCCAUGCGCGGUGACAUUAAAAUUUUAACGGAAAAGUUGGUAGAUGCUGAAGCUCGCAAUAAGGACGCGGAGGAACGCCUCCGCCUCUCACAGCGUGAAGUGCUUAUAACGAAGCAAAGCGAGCUGGAUUUGCGUGAAAAAACUCAAAUGUUGGAAGUAGAAAACAGCAAAUUUCAAGAAAAAUUUCUUUCUCGGAAAGACGAAAAAACGGCUCGGAGUUCAACCGGAAGAACUGCAGACAGACUAGAAAAGUUACGAAAAGAGAAUUCAAAUCUUUCAUUAGAACUAAAAUCUUUCAGAGAAAACACAUUAAAAUUGGAAAGGGACCUACUUGAAAGGGACCAGGAAAUUUUGAAUUUGCGAAAUGAAUCUGUGGAUCUUUCAAGCGAGGUAUGCAAGUUAAGAACUGAACUUGACGACAGUGAGAGAGAUAAAGCUCAACAGGAAAGAAGUCUCUGCAGAUACGCGGAAUCAGUGGAAAAGUUACUUACAAAAGUGUCUGUACUUCAACAGGAAGUGGAGAGACUUCGGGCCAGCGAAACGGCAUCAACAAACGAAAACGAGCACCCUGCGGAAGUAGACUCUAAAAGCGAUACCACAGCGUCAACCCUAGUAAUUGGUGAAGAGCAACCCGAGACUUUUUUCCAACCCCUAAAAGCUAAAGUAGAACGCAAUGAGAUUUCUGAAACAACACAGGUGGGCGUAGAAAAUCUUCAAAGAGAGAAAACCGAGCGGCAAACCAUAAUCGAUGACCUUCAACAUGAAAACUCGAAGAUGGCCAAAGAGAAUGAAAGGCUCAUCCAAGAAAUAAAAACUCUUGAGGCCAACUUGUCAAUUGUCGAGAAAACGUUUCGAAUUUGUCGUUCAGAUAACGAAUGCCUGCUGCAUGAAAUGAAUCUGAAAUCAGCUGAAGCGACUACCUUAAGGACUUACGCCGCAUUUUGCAGCGAAAAAGCCAAGGAAAUGCGAUCGGAGAUAGCCACUCAUAAACAAAACGAAACCGCCUUAGAGAAGAGAUUAACAGACUUGGAGAGAGAAUCAGCUUUCAUGCGCGAUGAGGUAGGCCAUGGAAUAUUAGAUUUUACAGAGCUCAAGGAAAAGAAAGAUUCCCUGGAGAAAAGGAUCCUCGAGGCAAGUCGCACAGUGGAACACCUUAAACAGGAAGUUGUUGGCCUCAUAAAUGGUAUGUUGACCUUGCAGAGAGAUUUAAACAUUCCUAUUGAUAAGAUUAUCGGUUACCUUGGAUUGGAUGAGGAAACUGUUCAGCGCUAUAGACUGAGGCCAACAUCUUCUGAUUCGAAUGACACUCAAACGGAAGAAUCGAGUAGCGAAAUUGGAAGUGAUGUCAGCGAACAAUUUACAUUGAAGUCUCUUUUUACUUUUCGCCUUCUUCCGGAUAAGGAGGGCUUUCUAAAUCCCUCGGAUGUAAGCAUAAUGAGGGAGAACAAGACUGAAAUCUUACGCGUACACGAGGAUUUGAAAGCCAAAGUUCACGCGGUAAGGGACUCGCUAGGCAGAAAGUACGAGGGAACGAACUCUACCACUGAUGGAAAACUUGAUAUCGAGCGCAGUAAUGAAGUAAAAAGUCGACUACUUAGUGAUCCUAUAUCAGAAAAUCCCAACAAUAAUACUACGCUUCCGCGACUUAGCCGGGCAGAACGUGUUAAGUUGUCCAGUUUACUCUCUCGAUUGAAGGAGGAACUAGUGCGCGAAAGAAAUUCAAAUAAUGAAGGUCGAGUUGGUGCUGAUGAUGACGACAUUUGUCUUCUGUAUGACAAUUUGGAGAGCAAGCUCUCUCGGCUAUCAUGUGAGCUUGCUUCAAGGGAAGAUGAGAUAACUCAACUUUUGACUGAAAAGUCAGACCUUCAAAAUGAGCUGGAAGAUUGCGAAAAGGGCCUCUCUGUCUGUCACCAUUGUGCUUUGAAAGUGCCAACUGAACUAGACGACAAAAGAAAGCAGCUGAAAGGCAAACUCCUAUCCCAGAUGCAGGAUACUUCUCGCCUAGAGGGAGAGAUAUUCGAGUUCAUAGAAUACAGACAGAAACUAGAAAAAGAACUGGACAACAUCAAAGGGAAGAUAACUGAUGUGGAAGACGAGCUAGACAUAAGAAAGAUAUUAAUUGAGAGAUGUAUCAGCUUCAGACCAUCAGUGGACGAAAUGGACGUUACAAACAGCGACUCGUCCAAGGAAGAAAUAGAAGAUCUUACACUAAGUCCAUCUGGAAAGAAGAGAAAGUCCCAAAAACACGUGACUUUUGAAAACGUAGACGGUGAAUCAGAAGAAAAUUCUUGCGGUAAAAGAAGGCGAGAGAAGCCUCAUUUGUUGUUCGAUCAGGAUAACGAAGAGUCAAAUGACAGAAAUGCAGAAUGGCGGACAGCUGACUUGGAUUCCAACGACUUGGACCUUUGUGAAUUAUUAGCCUCCAUCCCGAGGGACAUCCCGAAGAAACAACCCACUGAGGAGGAACUGGAGAUCACUGAAAUCGCAAAUAGGCUUUCAGGCUAUGAUAACAUGUCGUUCGACGAGAAAUUCCAGUUCGUUUCAUCUCAAAGAAAGAAGAGUGAUGCAGACUCUACUGUUUCUACUAAUGCCGACGAUUCUUCCUUCAACAAAGUUGGUUCUGUCGGCACAGAUACCGUCGAUAAGGUGGGUGUUGACUAUAGUGAUGAUGAACACGUCACCUGUCAAGUGUGUGGACUGUUUAAGAAACGCAGCUAAACGAAAACAGUCAACAAAUUGCUUCACAUACAAAGAGCUGCAUCAUACUUUCUAGGCGUAUGUACUGUUUGCGCAUGGACCAGUUUAGAACAUGGUGAACGUUACUGCUGAAAAAAGAGCGCUAUUUAAUGAAACAAAAGUAUUACUAUAAUAAUUAUCUUUCAUUUAAACGGACUCUAUUCCUAUUAUUAUGCAAUAGCAACCAUGUUGUUUUUUUUUGGCGGGAAAUGGGCGAAGUCCCCAAGUACACCGAGAUUCAAAUCAAGUUCUGGAGGUAACCCCUAGAAAACUGUUGAUAUGAACAUUAACGUUAAAUAGGCCAUUUCCGAAUUACCUCUGGCAUCUUCUACAAAGCGAGUCCUGCUGCCCAUUCCUAAAUAUGAUUAAAAGCUUUCAUUUACAUGCAAGUUAAAUUCAUUUUCAAAGGAAUGGGUGAGCACCAGGCCUCGUUUUGAAAAGGAGGCCAAAGUUAAUUCGGAAAAGGCCUAGUAAUGAGUGGUCUUUAAAACUUGUCCUUCAAUAAUAUGCGAACUGUGUCGGAGACUCAAAAUCAAACUCGAGCGCGGAUUUUGUUCAUGUUAACUUCAGUCUCUAUCCUAACAGACCUCAUGUUCAGAAACAAACUAAAUGCAUCAAAAUCUUCCAAUCACAAUACAGCCCUUUUUCACACAUGUUAGACAAUGUGCUGGUCUCUCAGGAGGUUUGGCAAUUUAUUAACGGCAGAGGCAACUAAAUGUUCUUUUUUCAUAGUUCGCAUGUUAUUUAAGAGUGCUGUAAAUUUCCCAGUGUCUUGGCCUUUUUUUGGCGCACGUCCCGAUAACAACCUCCUCCUGCCUUCUUUCAGAGGUCAGUAUCAAAAUUAGCGGCCAAGGCUUACAGAAGUUUAUUUGAAACGUGCGUUAUAAUACAACGAAGUAUGUUACUCAUAGCCAUGUGCGUUCUUAUUAUUAAGGACGAUUAUCACCGAUAUAAAAUUCCCAACAAAUAAAUGUAAUUUUUUCAUAAUUUAUCAAACAAACAUAUUUAAAGAAAAGAAAUAUUUUAAUAUUAGGCCAGCAUAUGAUACAAUGUUAGGUUGUAAAUUUACUGAAGAAGACUUUUGCAGUUUUUAUUCUAACCAAACAUUUUAAGUUUGAAUAGUUAAAGAAAGAAGAUUAUAUAUCAUUGCGAAUUAUAAGUUAUAUAAGUUGAGAAAGUGCUGACUUGGUGAAGCAGCUUAUCCCAGACAACUCAAUAUAAGCAACCCGAAAUACAAUUUAAC